UCACAGCUGCAGUGAUUCGCUUAACAACGAUGGCAAGAAAGGUUGUUAAAUGGAGCAAAGCUUCCUUAAAAACUGUCUCGCUUAGCAACAUAAAUUUUGGGCUCCAUUGUUGAUUGUAAGUCAAGGAUUUUGAACCUGUAUGGACUGAGCUGCUUUAAUAUGUGUUGUGGAUGCAAAAUAUUGGUUGCUUGUUGGAUGAAAACAAGCAAAUUUAGGAGAAAAACAUGGAAUAAUAUGAAGAUAGUUUACUAAAAAGCAGAGACAUCACCCUGCCAACAAAAGUGCGUAUAGUCAAAGCUCUGGUUUUCCCAGUUGCAAUGGAUGGUUGUGAAAGUUGGACCAUAAAGAAGGCUGAGCGCCAAAGAAUGGAGGCCUUUGAACUCUGGUGCUGGAGAAGACUCCUGCGAGUCCCUUGGACUGCAAGGCGAUCCAACUGGUCAGUCCUAGAGGAGAUCAACCCUGACUGCUCUUUAGAAGGCCAGAUCCUGAAGAGGAAACUCAGAUACUUUGGCCACCUAAUGAGAAGGAAGGACUCCCUGGAGAAGAGCCCAAUGCUGGGAACGAUUGAGGGCAAAAGAAGAAGGGGAUGACAGAGAACGAGGUGGCUGGAUGGAGUCACUGAAGCAGUUGGUGUGAGCUUUAAUGGACUCCAGAAGAUGGUAGAGGACAGGAAGGCCUGGAGGAACAUCAUCCAUGGGGUCGCAAUGGGUCAGACAUCACUGCGAACUAACAACAAUAAAAUAUGAAGUCCUGUUGUAAGCAAUUUGCUGGCUGGGAGUCUAACCAGGUUUGUCUGCAAGCAACGUUUGGCUGCAAUUUUGCUAGUUUUUCUCAUUCGAAAAUUCCCUGCUGGGAAGAUAUCUGGCUUGCCACUUAUACAUGAAGGUGAUUAAAGAAGGCAACGUGGGUGUAACACACCACGCAUGAGACUUCUCUUACGUAUUGGAGGUAGUAGUUGCCGUGCAGUCAAAAAUAUUUGGCUGCACCCAUGUACCCAUGUAAAAAUGCCUUUGGGGCACCGGGUGUGGUCCUAGACUCAUCCGCAGAAAUGCUAUUGAGGGCCUGGUUUCUGAUUGAUGGAGGAUGAGGUUCCAAGAGACAUUUUGUGCCUUCAUCUGGUAGCGUUUUCUCCUUAUUCCCCCAACUUUGUUGAUAGUUGACAUAGGAAUCUUAGUCCACUUUCUUCCUAAGAACGUAGACCUAGAUUUUGCUUGGAUCAUCUGUUGUGGCUUGUUGGUUAGAUCUGUAGUGUGCUGCAGUGUCCUUAAUCUGGAUUGAUAAGUCUCAUGCCAAUGAAACACUUGUUGUGAAAUAAUUUCUUCCUUAAAUCUUCAUUAGGUCUAAAGAUCUUCAGAACUUCAGACGUCUUUAGAUUUCUCAAUUAGAUCCAUCCCUCUCCAAACUAUAUGCUUCAACACAGUCAUCUCCAAGUAGACCAGAUCAAGAAAGCCACGCUACAAGAAAACUCUGUAUUGUGUAAACGAACUGAUGGACGAAGAUGAGAAGGACAGGGCAAAGAGGGCGUCACGCAACAAAUCCGAGAAGAAACGGAGAGAUCAGUUCAAUGUGCUCAUUAAGGAACUGUGCACUAUGCUUCAGGAGCACGGGCAUCCCCUCAAGAUGGACAAAUCCACCAUCUUACAAAGGACCAUUGACUUUUUACAGAAGCAGAAAGAAAUCUCAGCCCAGACCGAAGCUUGUGAGAUUAGACAAGACUGGAAACCUUCAUUUCUUAGCAAUGAAGAGUUCACUCAGUUGAUGUUGGAGGCAUUAGAUGGGUUUCUCAUUGCACUAACCACUGAUGGGAUCAUUAUUUAUGUAUCUGAUAGCGUCUCUUCGCUCCUUGGACAUUUACCGUCAGAUUUGGUGGACCAAAAUAUAUUAAAUUUCCUACCUGAGUGUGAACAGAACAACCUGUACAAGUUACUUUCAGCCCAUAUGCUUGUGACCAAUCCAGUAACCUCCGAUUUUUUGAACGCUGACAAACAAAUCGAGUUUUGCUGCCACUUAGCCCGAGGAAACUUGGAUCCGAAUGAGGCCGUUACCUACGAAUAUGUCAGAUUUGUGGUGGAUUUCAAACAGUUUUCCCAUGUGCCUGCGUCAUCCUUCAACGGCUUCGAGUCCCCCGUGGCACGUGCCUUCCGGUCAGUCAGCGACACCCAAGUGUGUCUCGUCGCCACGGUCCGUCUCAUUACUCCGCAGUUCUUGAAGGAACUUUGUAACGUGGAAGAAUCCUGUGAAGAAUUCACCUCACGACACAGUCUGGAAUGGAAAUUCUUGUUUUUGGACCACAGAGCUCCACCAAUAAUUGGUUAUUUGCCCUUUGAGGUUCUUGGGACAUCUGGUUAUGAUUACUACCACGCCGAUGAUUUAGAACUUCUUGCUAGGUGCCAUGAACACCUGAUGCAGUUUGGCAAAGGCAAGUCCUGCUACUACAGAUUCUUGUCCAAAGGCCAGCAAUGGAUAUGGUUACAGACCCAUUAUUACAUCACCUACCAUCAGUGGAACUCCAAACCCGAAUUCAUUGUGUGCAGCCACACGGUUGUUAGCUACGCUGAGGUUCGAGCCGAAAGGAGAAGGGAUGUCGGCCUGGAGGAAUCUUCUAUCGAAUUAGCCUCUUCAUCCUUAAAGAGCCAAGGAGAUUAUAUCAACGCCCGACACUGCGUGCCUACUAACCAAGAAGUCAGUCGUGAAGGGGUAUCCAUGUCUUCUCACAGCUCCCGCCGAUCUUCGUACACAGCGCUCUCCGACUCUGCAUCCAUGUCAUCCAUGCGGCACACCGAUGCCAGCACGCCGACGCAGCAAAGCUUAUCAUUGGGGCAACCAGACAAGGUCUCCUUAAGGCUUGCCUCCGGCGGCAACACUCAGGACAUCAUAACUCCCUCCGACCAUCUUGCACAGCAUCACAUGACGCAGCCCGUGGUCCCUGCACAACAAACAUUGAUGCCAGGCUACCAUUUCCCAACGCAAAUGGGGAUGAUGCACCAGCUCAAGGAACAGCUGGAAGAGCGGACGCGCAUCCUGCAAGCUGAUAUUAAGACCCAGCAAGAGGAACUGCAUGUAAUCAAAGAGCAGCUGCAACUCGUCCAAAACUCCAAUCUGCAGAUGUUCAUGCAGCAGUCAAUGCCUAUGGUCUUCAGCACUGUGGAGCCCCAACAGACCCCAAGGCGGCCACCAACGGGAGCAACCUUAGUUACCAGGCCGGCUGCUCCCAAGAAGUCCCAACAGCAGCAAAGCAUCAUGGGAUCAAAGCAGUUCGGGGGCGCUCCUUUGGCCUCCCAGCCAUCCUUCCUCAGGGAAUCGUGUGUCACAUCAACCCAGGGGCAACCACAACAGCGAAAACACGUUGUGAGAGGAAGCCAGAUGAAGCCGGUGUGCAUGCCCAUACAGAUGAGUAUUGCUCUGCCCGUCUACAACAACCCCAUGGUUUUUACUCAAACCCACCCACUCUCGGUGCCCUCGCCAAUGCCACAAGAACUGGGUGAGAGGCCACAACUGCCCGAUUACAACCAAGAAGGAAACUUAAGGAUGUUGUUAGAUCAACCUGUGCAGUCACUGAUGACCAGCAGCACGAGCGGGAACAAUCAGAUCUCCCAAAGCAACACUAAUAGACAGCAGACCAAGUUUACUCAAGAACCGCAGAGUCUGCCUUCCGCCAUCCAGAUGCAACCCGUCACCUGCGCGGCCAUCCGGGCCCCGAUCCCGUCUCCUGGGUUCACCCCUUCCCUGACGAUCCCGCAACCCAGCGUGACUGUCCCGCAGAGCCAUCCGGCCAGCGCCCUCCACCAGUGGACGCCGCAGCCAGUUCAACAGCAUCAUCUUUACCUCCAGAUGCCGAGUGCAGCUGAACCAGGGCAGAACCAGCACUUAUUCCAGCAACCGCCCUUACCUCAACAGACUGCCACCAUGGGUUAUUUCCACCACCCGCAGCCUCCGAGCCAUCACCUGCAAGGGCAGCUGUGCAGCUUACAAGAUUUGCCCGAGAUGCAGCUGCCUUGAGCUUCUCGAAGGAGAGAGAGUCGUCAUCAUCGUCACGUUAACCUCGAGGGGGGCAGCGAACCCUGAGCGCCGAGCAGGAGAGUUUGGUUCAUCCUCCGGAAGGCUGCAAGGCCGACCACGGGAAGAAACGGCCGGGAUGGAAAAGGAGCGGAUAGCUACAGCUGGCAACCUUUCUGCUUUAGGGAACCAGCAGCACAAAAGGCAGUUAAGCCUUGGCUCUUUGGCCUUUGCAGCUCCACAAGCGCCGGGAGGAAAGGUUAAGGGAGUUAGGUUGGCUUAAGGAACUGUCAGUCAACUGUGAGUUUUGAGAAGCAGACCAGAACGAGGAGCUCGCGUGGACAAAGAAACCAGCUUGGCCAGAAUGGUGAGAGAGACUCAAGGACUUGCAGGAAAUCACACAACCCUAAUAAUUGCAACUAGGUUUGCAUGCGGCCGAGCCAUAGCAAUAGCACUUAAGACUUAUAUACCGCUUUACAGUGCUUGACAGCCCACUCUAAGCGGUUUACAGAGUCAGCCUAUCGCCCCCAACAAUCUGGCUCCUCAUUUUACCCACCUCGGAAGGAUGGGAGGCUCAGUCAACCGUGAGCCGAUCAGGAUCGAACUGUUGGCAGUGGGCAGAGUUAGCGUGCAAUACUGCAUUCUAACCGCUGAGCCACCAGGGCUCCUAAUCGCCAUAGCGCUUAGACUUCUAUACCGCUUCACAGUGCAUUACAACCCCUCUCUAAGCAGUUUACAGAGUCAGCCUCUUGCUCCCCCAACAAUCUGGGUCCUCAUUUUACCCACCUCGGAAGGGAUGGAAGGCUGAGUCCAACCUUGAGCCUGGUGAGAAUCGAACUGCCAAAUUGCAGGCAGCCGGCGAGUCAGCAGAAGUCGCCUGCAGUACCGGACUCUUAACCACUGCCGCCACCGUGGCUCAUAUAUAUUUCAUAUGGCGGCUGGAUUGUAGCCCGCGAGUCCUUUGCUUUUGUUACUAGGAUCAAAUUUUGCACACUGAUAAAUUUAGACACACACCCCCCCUCUUCAAAAAAGAGGCGGAUUUUGAAAAACGUUUGCUGUGAAAUAUCACAGGACUUGAUUGCCAUUGUUUCACUUGUUCAGUGCGUGCGAUCGAUGUCAUUUUAAGGUUCGCAAUUUCCUUGCGACUCAAUGUUUUUUUUUUCCUUUCUCCCGUCUGGACUUUUAUCUUCUGGAAUCCUCGAACGAUGCUGCUACCGUUUUACGAAAAAACCACUUUGGUCUGAAUUUCUUUCGCUGUACACCAGCUCCUUUUGGUCUUUCGAGUUGUCUAUAAAGAGAGUCCAUUUGGUUUUUUAUUUUAUUAUGAAGAUUUAAAAAAAAAAAAUUCUUUAUCUAGCUCGAUUCCCCGAUGAACCAAAUAGGGUGCAAACAAGAUCCUUAUUUUGUUUUUUGUUUUUUUUCCCCCUCCUCUGGUUGAAUUAAAUCUCGUUUUGGAGAAACAUCUUGUCACCCAAAGAUAAAAAGCAAACUUUGUGGUUUUGCUGUUAAAAAGGAGUUUGGCAAAAUGGAAUCUUUGAGCUCAGAAAUGUCACGAAUCAGUAGGGUUAGCAAUAAAAUGUAUUUUUGUAAAUGGUCAUUUUU